AGAAGAAAGGGAAAAUUCGGUGCAGUUGCUGUAGUGUUCCGCAAGAUGAAGACUAUGGUGACGCCAUUGACAAGAGUCUCUACAUUUUUUCGCCCAAAUGCCCAUAAUGCCCUUCCCUUCUCCCCCAAAUCACGCAACCCUUCGUUACCAAACUUCUUCACCUUCACCUCACCCACUCCCACUCACACCCCCUCUCUUUCAAUGGCCGCGUCUUCUCAAUCCAAUGCUCCGGUUGCGUCCUCUGGUGAUGCUAACAUCAAUAAAGAUGACAUCUUUCAAUUAAUUCAAGCUCAUCAGGAAAAAGCUGCGAGACUUUCUCCGAUUGAAGAAAUUAGAACUGUCCUUGAUCGUAGUGUGCGCGGGACGCUCUCCACAUUCUCAAAGAAGUAUGAUGGUUAUCCAUCAGGGUCUAUGGUUGACUUUGCAAGUGAUGCAAAUGGAUGUCUUAUAUUAGCAGUGAGCGACUUGGCUGUUCAUUCAAAGGACUUAGCUGCUAAUCCUAAAUGUUCAGUGCUUGUGGCUAGAGAUCCUGAAGAUAGGACUGAUUUGGUGAUCACUUUACAUGGUGACGCUAUCUUUGUACCUGAAAAGGAUAAUAAGGCAAUACGAGCUGCAUAUUUGGCUAGACAUCCAAAUGCGUUUUGGGUUGACUUUGGAGACUUCCGAUUCGUACGCAUUGAACCAAAAGUUGUACGAUUUGUAUCAGGUGUUGCUACAGCUUUGUUAGGAUCAGGAGAGUUUAGCGGAGAUGAGUUCAAAUCUGCAAAAGUUGAUCCCAUAUCUCAGUUUUCCAAGCCAGUAGCGUCGCAUAUGAACAAAGAUCAUGGCGAAGAUACUAAAAUGAUUGUGCAGCACUGGACCUCAGUUCCGGUAGACUUUGCGGACAUACUAGAUUUGGAUCGUCUAGGUUUCAAUGUUAAGGCUGGUUAUAAGGGAGAUACUUUCAAGCUCCGGGUACCUUUUCCUCGACCUGCAGAAGAUAGAAAGGAUGUGAAGACUCUCAUUGUUGAGAUGCUCCAAGCCGCUAAGCCUCAAGUUUGAUUGAUUACUCCACAGCUCAAAGAUGGAGAGGUACUCAUCAGAAACUCAUCAAGUACUGAAUUCUGCUGCUUCCUACCACUUCAUCCUUCUGCUAAGGGGAACAAAUUGUGUGCUUUGAGAAGUAGACAAGUAAAUAGUUGUAUUUCCAAUAUACACACUGCAAAAACUCAAAUAAUUUACUUUGUAUAGUUUCGCCUAUUGACGAUUUUUUGUGGGGAAACAUUCACAAAAUGGUGAAAAUUAAUUGUCUGUCAUAAACACUUAUCUCUGUAUAGAAUGUUCAUGCAAUCUUCCAGGUUUA